CUCCCUCAUAAACCCUAAACCCUGUGCCUCGCUGCCGAGCGGCAACGGCGACGGGUUUCGUCUUCAUCGUUCGAUCCCUCUCCAAACCCUAGCAAUGGCGACCGCCCUUGCUUCUCAAAUCCGGGAGAUCAAAGCGGUCCUUAGAGGCAGAGAAGACCCUCUCCGUAGACCCAUCACUCGCCCCUCUAUCAUCUUCGAUCCCAAAGAAGCUGCCGAUAUCGACCUCCGAACUAUCCUCUCCUUAGCUCUUUCGGGUUUGGAUGUUCUUAACGAAUUGGAUAGUAGAUUCGGGAAGUAUAGGAAUACGCUUUUUAGUCACACGAGCCUUGAAGUAGAUCGUGAAAAGAUGGUUCCCAAAGAGGAGGAGAAGCUCAAUAUUUCUAUCCGUUCUUAUCUUCGUCUGCUUUCUGGGCACUUGCAAACCCCUGCGGCCCUGAAGACUCUUGAAUACCUUAUACGACGAUACAAAGUUCAUGUCUUGGAUGUAGAUGAACUAAUUCUAUGUGCACUGCCUUAUCAUGAUACCCAUGCUUUUGUUCGGAUUGUUCAAUUACUUGAAUUGGGAAACUCAAAGUGGAUUUUUCUGGAGGGGAUCAAGACAUCGGGGGCACCUGCUCCGAGGAAAGUUAUAGUGCAGCAGAGCAUUCGUGAUAAAGGCAUUUUGGAGACAAUAUGCAAUUACGCAUCACCUACUAAGGAGUUCCAGCAUUCAAGACCAGUGAUUUGCUUUUGCACUGCAGUCAUUGUAGAGGCUUUAGGUGGCAUUCCUAGGCUUGACACUGAUACAGUGAAAAGGGUUUUAAAUUUUGUGUUUGAUGGGCUUAACCCUGACAUGAGGGGUAGCCAGGAUCACAAGGCUGGUGCACUGAUGGUUGUGGGUUUAUUGGCGACUAGAGCAACGCUAGCCCCUAAGCUUGCUCAAAAUUUAAUCCUCUUUGUUGCAAGAGUAGCUCAACAAGACUCAAAGCAGUCACCAGAUCUAUCUUGGCUACGAGUGGUGGUUAUGGCCAUGGUUAGCCUUGUUCAGGCACAAUCAACUCAAAUGUUCCCGAAGAAGACAAUUAUGAUUUUAAGGGAUAUCAGGGAUUUUGCUGCAAUACUUUCUGGAUUGUUGCUUGACUUCAAGAUUCAGAAGUUUUUGUGUCUCUACCUAGAAGCCUUGGUCGAUUACAGUACGUCAGAUGAUUCUUGUCGUCUUACACUAGUUGAAACUAUGGAAAGUCUUCCUCUGAAGGAUUUUGUUGAAAGGAUUGUGUUUAAGGUGCUUGGAUUUUGCAUCAAGUUAUCUCGGCAAGUGGACAGCUCUAAACUACAUGAUGCAGGUAUUUGGGGGAAGCAGAUAUUGCUUGUUAUUGGUAAUUAUUAUCCAUGUGAGCUUCAAGCAGCUGUUUGUAAAUAUCUUGAGAAUUCAAUGAGAAACUCUACAGAGGAGGAAUCAGUUUUUGAUACUUUCUGCCUUAUGUUUGAUGGCCAAUUGGAUUUACCACAAAGCAUAUCCGAUUCAAAAGUUUGGUUCUCGCUUGAACACCCAAAGGCUGUGGUUCGUCAGGCUACUCUAUCUCAGAUAGCUAGAACUGGUAUCAUCAAGGAGUUUGCAGAUACACCACAGAAGCUUAUAAAUGUACAAGAUGCGAUUGUGCGACGGCUUUAUGAUGAUGAACUUAAUGUGGUCCAGGCAGCUUUAUCUGUUGAUGGAUUAUCUAUUUUGAUCGAUCAUGCAUGCCUCUUUAAAGCUUAUCAGGAUAUCCUUUCUAGAUGUGUCCACAUAAUAGAAAAAUCUACCUCUAAAUCAUCUCAGGCUACUGAUGUUGCUAUAUUAUGCCUUGUCCACCUUGUCACGGAUUUUGGUUCUCACUUGGAUUAUUCUAAAGAAGUUGCUACAAUUCUGUUUCCUUUCCUUCUUGUUUUACCCAAGACGUGGAAGGUCUCUUUGAAGGCAUUGGAAUUAGUUAAGCAAGUUAAAUGGAAAUUCUAUUGUGAUAAACUCGUUGAACAUGAUCCAGUAUCUUGUGAGCGAAUUAAGGGUUGGGACGCUGAUUAUGUCACUACAAUUAAUUCAGAGACCAUUGAAGCACUGGCGAAUGCUUUGCUUUCAAACCCACAAGACCACAUUCAGUGGUUGGUAAAUUCCAGCAACACGAAUAAACUUUCCAGGAUUCUGUUUUUAUUGGUUAUUUUGAAGGCAUUGAUGAUCUGUAAAGAAGUUAAUGGCAGUUUUUUCAAACUACAUAAAGCUUGCUUUCCACCUUUGGUAAAUGAGUGGCGUGAAAUGGAGUCUAGGAGAAUCAUUCUUCUGUCUGAAGAGUUCUAUAUGGAAAAAUUUGAUAAAGUCUGCAGUGGAUUUGUGGAUCAGUUGUUUAGUGCUGAUCUGGAUGCCAUGAAUUCCAAGAUUAUGGUUUGCAUAUUUUGGAGUUUAGUGCAAGCAUGUGCUGAAGCAGCUCACCAAGAUUCUUCGGAGUAUUGCUGUGACCAGAUACUUGAUGAGCUUUUCCUUUUCUUCGCAAAUUCACCUUCAAGAAAUGUUUUUAGGAAACAUCUUCAUUUUCUUGUCACAAGAUAUAACAAAGAUACCUUUCAAUUGCUUUCAAAAUAUUUCACUGAUGAAGGAUUUCCGGAAGAAGUUCAAAUUGAGAGCCUCGUUUCUGUCUCUGCUAUAUGUUCCAUGCAUACGUCACCAGAUACAAAUAUGAAGGAGAGCAGUCCUCUGCAAUUGUUAUUUGGAUUUUCUUCCCUCCUGAUUCCACUUUCUAACAAAAAUAAGGAUAUACGAGCUUCUGCAGUGAGCUGCACAGAAAACCUCCUUAAGUUGUGGCGCUCCUUUGAUGUCUCUCGUUUACGCAAUGGGAAUGAUAUGAUGCUGCCUCGUGGUAUAUCCACUGCAAUUUUUGGGGAUUUUUUGGAGUCUAUAGUCAAUCAAAAGAAGCUGAUAAUAUCAGAUGUGGAUUUUCUCUCAUCAUUUUUAACAUCCAUGCUGAGUCCAUGUCCAGAUACACUGCGGGCACCGGAGAAUAUUAAUAAAAGGUUUGAUCAGUCGACGAAGGAUGGCAUAUUAUUCUUUAUUUUGAGUUCUGCUCUUGAACUGUCUUCAUAUGGGAAGCUAGCAGUAUUCUCUCUGCUUAAAGGAGUGGGAAGUGUUAUAUUUCACGUUGAAGGACUCAAACUGCUGCUGUUUGAACUUUUGGAAAGACGUAAUCAAUACUGCAUUACACACCAAGCCCUGCCAACCAUUGAAUCAGAGACCUUGUGUUUGCUUUUGGAGGUUUUUCUUUCAAGUCCAAGCUCUGGACAGUAUGAUGCUGACAUCGGCAGUUCUCUUAUUAAAUCUUUAAAAGUGGAUGGUUUGUCUUCAGAAGAUCCAGCUGGCCCUUCAGCACGUAUGUGUGACUGCCCUGGACAAUCUCAUGCAUGUACUUUGUACAAUCAUUUGAAGGCUGAUGUGCAGUAUGAUGUGUUCAGUUGCAAGUGGAGGAAUGGUUCAGGGCUGAGGUUCAAGGCUGGGGUCUGGAGUGGCUGGCUGUGA